CAGCAAGCAGUGAAUUUAAUUUGGUACCACAACAAGAAGGAUGAUGGAGUUGUGUUCGAGAAAGUUUUUUCGCCAUUUCCGAUACCCGCAUUGGCCUUGGUGUACACCACAGCUGAAUGCUGCAUUGAUGAAUGGUGUGACGGCGAAUGCGUGGAUAUCAGCUUUUCGAGUGGUGAAUACAGGGAAGCUUAUGAUCGGCAUCUCGCAAACCUCAAAAAAUUUCAUGCUCGAACGAAGGAUCAUGGGAUACUGAAUAGUAUCCUGACAGAACUCAACAAUACUGGCAGGUAA